AUGAUGAAAGAUCCUCAAGCCAUUGUACAAAGGCGAGGCAUCGAGCGGAACCCAGGGCGGGUGACCCCCCCAAAAUCGGAGCUCCCUGAGGCUACCAUUCGGUUCUUGCCAUACCAAGAUCCCCCCAAGACUUCAAAACCCUCGUUAUAUUUUGCCACAGUCACCCGAACCCUACCAUCAGGGAGCUAUGCUAUUCCCGUCGGUCGAUACUCGGAGCGUGAUGGUAUACCCAUCAACAACCCAACCGAACCCUCAGAUGCGCCUGUGGGGUUUAAGUCGAAGGUUGUUAGCCGGCAACACUGCGAGUUCUUAUACAUUAAUGGACAGUGGUACAUUAAGGAUGUGGGCAGCUCUUCGGGGACAUUUUUGAACCAUGUGCGCUUAAGUGAGCAGGAUGUGGUGUCCCGUCUGUAUUCUAUCAACGACGGUGAUAUCGUGCGGUUAGGCGUCAAUUUGAGAGGGAAAGAAGACACGGUCUUUCGAUGUGUUCGGAUCCGGAUUGAAUGUAGUCGAUCGUGGCAGCAGCACCCAGGCGACCAAUCCGUCAUUUCAGAGAGUCAGAACUUGCCAGAGCAGCAGCAACAAGAAUCCCUCUCCGCUUCCAAUCCACAUAGUUCGCUCCAACUGAUGCUCCAGCCGGAGAACAGUAAAGUGGCCGAUUCAAGGGAAGCCUCUGGAAUGGAACCUGGUUCUUAUUUCCUCGAUUCGUUUCAAUCCAGACUUCAGCGCCUUCAAGGUAAAAUCAAUACUGAGAUUCCAAGAUGGAUUCGUGAAGCGCGUCUGAGUCAAGGGCAAGAGAUUGCCCAUGACGAGGCACCACUCAGUUACCUUGAUGUCUCAAUCAAAGACACUAUUCCUAAAGAUAGAUCGGAAAGAAAGCAAAACUCUUCUCGAUACGCAUCCUUAAUCACGAAGCUAAAUCUCGACGAGCAAGCGGCCUUGCCAGCAAGGCCAGUUGAGAACCAUGAGCACCCCAUGAUAACAACGACGACAUCCCCCAUCUCUACGACAAAUAUUUCGUCUGUCGUGGUUCAAUGUCUCAAAGAUUUAAGUCGGCUUGUUUCCGAAGACUUGUCAUCGUUCGCGUCUGAAGUCCCGCCAGCGCUGUGGAAAGAUGAGCUGGGUCGUUUGCGGGUUUGGGCUGCUAAUAUUGGGGCGCACCAGACCGGUCAAUCGUCGCUAGAUUAUCGAUUACGAGAUGCAUCGCACAUUAAAGAGCAGACACUUCGCGUCCUUCAGCGGCUGCAACGAACCACCGAAGAUAUCAAUGACAUUUUACAUCACUCACACGGAGAUGACGAUUUCUCGGAUCUAAGCGGUGAUGAAGAUGAUGCCGAGCAUCAAACAGAAAUGCACCAGCUCAACAUGAUCGCUUUCUUGGCACCAAAAGAUCGGAUGCAGUCUCUUAUGAACAGUUUGACCAGCGACAUGUCUCAGACAAAUACCCCCAAGCGGGGAGAGGAUAUCUCGAAACGUCUUGGGCUGGCAAUAUCACAACGUCGAGCCGUUAUGCAGUAUCGUGAGCGUCAUCGCACCAAACUUGGCCAGGGUCUCAAUCAGGUCAUUGAAGAUCAGACAGACGGACAAUCAACCAAACUAUCAGACACAGUUGCAACUGAGUUUGUAGAAGUUUCACCAGCGGCAAAUGACAACUUAGAAUUGCUAACUAUCACCUCACAAACAUCUUAUGCUCAAACCAUAUUGAACGGGGCGGAAGGAGCGGUUCUCCCGUCUCCCCCAAAAGACUCAGCCAAUGGAGCUCCAUUUGAAUGUCCAUAUUGUUUCGUGAUCAUCACCAUCGUAAACCGGAGGGCCUGGGCUCGUCAUGUCUUUAAUGACUUGAUGCCAUAUCUGUGUGUCUUCCCUAGCUGUCCGACACCCCAUCGAUUGUAUGAAAGUCGCCGGGAAUGGUUUUCUCAUUUGCAGAGUCAGCAUUCCAUACCUGAAACCCCAAAUGUACAUGUGGACUGUCCACUCUGUCUAUCUUCGCAUCCAUCUGGGAAGCAGCUUGAAAGACACGUGGGCCGGCAUCUGGAAGAGCUGGCGCUCUUUGCGUUGCCGCGAUCCGAAGAAGACGACGACAAAGCUGCAAUUUCUUCUGAUGAGGAUUCUGAUAAAUCACAAGAUCCGGUCAAUAAGGGGCGAUGCCCCCAAUGUGAUCUAGUCUUCACCGACCUACGAUCUCACGUCUUGACGCACGAAACAGAGCGUCCAGAAAAGUGCCCGAUUAUAACGUGCGACUACCACACCAAGGGGUUUACUCGCAAAUACGAUAAGAAUCGCCACAUACUGACCCACUACAAGGGCGUCAUGGCGUGUCACUUUUGUCCAGGUGCCGGAACACCAAAAGAAAAGAGCUUCACUCGUGUCGAUGUGUUCAAACGCCACCUUGUCUCUGUCCACGGGGCGGAGCCGAUGCCACCAGACGAGCGUUAUCCAAGGCCAACUUCCUCCAUCGAGGGAGAUAUGAACCAACCCAGCAGUUCCACUGGAAACUGCUCUAUCUGCAGUGAAGCCUUCAGGGACGCCCAGGACUUCUUCAAUCACCUUGACAACUGUGUAAUGCUCAAGGUGAUACAAGGAUCCUCCGAGCCCAUCAACAACGUGCGCCUCCCUGAGAUGAGCGAAGAUGAAGAAACGAUUGAUGGUCGCCGCCACUCUAGCAGUUCUGAUCGCAGCCAGAGGUAUCCGUUCAAGGAAGAGGAGGAUGUGAUCGUCAUUCAAAGGCUAUUAUCAAAGGCCCAGAUCGACGAAGUGCUAAGCCUAAGCCGCGAGUUUAAGCAGCCUUCGCCUGUGGGAGACUCCCAGUCUACCAAGGAGAACGAAUUACCUGAUGAUAUCAUUAUUGAGAUUCCUGAGUCCUCGGGAAGAUACAAUCUUUCCAAACUUUGGUGUCUUUAA